GAGAGUGUGUUUAUGUCGUGUGUAUGUGUGUGGUUUGUGUGUGCAUGAGAGAUAGUGAGAGAGGAGAGAGAGCGAAAGCUCGGUGACACCGACACACAACAUGCAGCUGGAGCCGGGCGGUGGAGCUUCGUCCGAGUGCUUUUAACUCGCUAGAGGCGGAAAGGGAGGUGAGAAAUGCGGGCGCCGUGUGUAAAGGAUCCCCGCUGCUGUGUUUGUCUUCACUGUCAACAACAGUCCUGCUGCAGCUCCGCUCACGGCUCCUGUCGGUUCAUUUAACGGCGCCGCACCGGGGAAAUCACUGGGACUAUGUGAGCAUCAUGCUCGCUGUGAGAUGCCUGCUGUUCGCUGCAGUGUGUGCACGGUGCGCCGUGACAGGUCUGAGGGAAUGGGCGAGUCUUGAGGAAAGGCUGCUGCCCGCAGAAGAGGUCGUUCAGCCCAAGCGGCUCCUGCAACAGAUCCACUCCCAGGAGGAGCUGCUCCACAGCCGCCUGGACACCCGGGUCAAAAACUACACAGCCGGGGCGCAGCCGGUCCAUCUGGCCCAGAGCAGCUUCCUGGUGGAGGCUUUCGGCACAUCUUUCAUCCUUGACCUGGAGCUCAACCACAAUCUCCUGUCUACAGACUAUGUGGAGCGUCACUAUGGCGAGGAUGGGAAGCCAUCACAGAGUAUGGGGGGAGAGCACUGCUACUACCACGGGCGAGUGCGGGGGCUGCCCGGCUCCUGGGCUGCUCUGUCCACCUGCCACGGCCUGCGGGGGAUGUUCUCUGAUGGGAACUUCUCAUACGGGAUUGAACCUGUUGGCAGCGGAGAGGAGCAUAAUGACCACAUCGUGUACCGUAUGCCGGACAUUAACCUCUUCCCACCUCCCUGUCCAGGAUGCUCCAUGAACAGCUCAGAGCCUGAGGGGCGGCCAGACGGCCUCAGUGAAGGAGACAGAGAGCUGACGGAUGGAGACGGCUGGUCUGAAGAAGAGAAGCCUGUCCUCACAGCGGGACUAAAACGCUCAAAAAGACAAGUGCGGCGAGGCCAGCGCACCGUCCAGACCGAGACUAAGUACAUCGAGCUGAUGGUGGUUAAUGACCAUGAACUGUUUGUGCAGCUCCGUCGGUCGAGCACUCAGACGAAGAACUUUGCCAAAGCCGUGGUGAACAUGGCUGAUGCGAUCUACAAGGAGCAGCUCAACACUCGCAUCGUCCUGGUGGCCAUGGAAACCUGGUUGUCUGAAAACAGGGUCUCCGUGGGCGACGACGCUUUGCUCACCCUGCGCGACUUCAUGAAGUACAGGAAGGAGAGCAUCAAGGAACGCUGUGACACCGUUCACCUUUUCUCUGGGAGGACGUUCAUGAGCAGCCGCAGUGAGGCGGCCUACAUCGGGGGCAUCUGCUCGCUCACCAGGGGUGGAGGCAUCAAUGAGUUUGGCAGUGUGGGCCCCAUGGCCAUCACGUUGUGUCAGAGUCUUGGCCAGAACAUCGGCAUGCUGAGGAACAAGGAGCGAACAGCUGCAGGAGACUGCAGGUGUCCAGAUCCAUGGCUGGGCUGCAUCAUGGAGGAUACAGGCUACUACCUGCCGAGGAAGUUCUCUCGCUGCAGUAUAGACGAGUACCUGCGCUUCCUCCAGCAGGGAGGAGGCAGCUGCCUCUUCAACAAGCCCAACAAGCUAUUAGACCCACCAGAGUGUGGCAAUGGAUAUGUAGAGCCGGGAGAGGAAUGUGACUGUGGAUCACUAGUGGACUGUGCUCGGAGUGGAGCCAACUGUUGUAAGAAGUGUACGCUUACCCACAAUGCCAUGUGCAGCAACGGGCUCUGCUGCAGGGACUGCAAGUACGAGCUGAGAGGCGUGACGUGCCGUGAUACUGUCAACGACUGUGACAUUUCCGAGACCUGUACAGGCGACUCCAGCCAGUGUCCUCAUAAUGUCCACAAACUGGAUGGCUACAUGUGUGAUGCUGGCCAGGGUCGUUGUUAUGGAGGUCGCUGUAAGACCAGAGAUGGCCAGUGCAGGACUCUGUGGGGCUACAACUCCGCUGACAGGUUCUGCUAUGAGAAGCUGAACUCUGAAGGCACAGAGAAAGGAAACUGUGGCCCAGACUCCAGUGGUCAGGGAUGGGUGCAGUGCAACAAGCAAGACGUUCUCUGUGGUUUGCUGCUGUGCACCAAUCUGACAGCUAAGCCGAGGUUUGGCGAGAUGCAGGGGAAGCUCACCAGUCUGACCAUCCACCAUCAGAACAGAUACCUGGACUGCAGAGGAGGCCAUGCAGUGUUGGAUGACGGUUUGGACCUGGGCUACGUGGAGGACGGGACGCCAUGUGGGCCAAACAUGAUGUGUUUGGAGCGCCGCUGCCUCCCUGUCACCACCUUCAACCUCAGCACCUGCCCGGGCUCCUCGUCCUCGCGUAUCUGCUCCCACCACGGGACGUGCAGUAAUGAGGUGAAGUGUAUCUGUGAUCCAGACUACACUGGGAAGGACUGUAGCGUGUUUGACCCGAUCCCCAUCCCCACCCCGCCUGAGGGCCCAGAAAAAUACAGAGGUCCCAGUGGUACCAAUAUCAUAAUAGGUUCGGUUGCUGGUGCAAUUCUGCUGGCAGCGAUAGUCCUGGGGGGAACUGGCUGGGGAUUUAAAAACAUCCGAAGAGGAAGAUCUGCAGGAGUUUGAAUCAUAUGCCCUGUCCAGUCUGCUCUGAGGAGACAAAACAAAGAUGUCUUCCGCUUACGAGCCAUCAGACCUUUUGUUUUUCCCCUUUUUCUGACUUUACUGAAGCUGUGUCUGCCUGUAUUUUCUCCCUCUGGAAAGUCUAAUUAUUUUUUGACUGUGGUACAGAAACCCUGAGGGCACAUUCCCACAGAUUAGAACGGCUCUCAGGGACUGUCUGGUUACAAAUGUCCAAGUUGCCGUUGUCAGUAUCGCCUCCUGUUUUGUGCUCGUUCCAGUUUUUAUUUGCAAUGUUUUCGUGUUGCUUGAACUGAUUUGAAAUAUUUUUGUCCUGGACACGCGCACACGCGCAAAGCCCUUACCUGAAGUGUGUUUACUCAGCUAUUUGGUUCUCUUUUCCUUUCCUGUGGUUACAGCUGGUCCUCUGCCAUUUCGACUGUUAUUAUGCUUUACCCUUAUAAGUGAUAUCAUGGAAGUAGGAUAUUUACUUCUCCUGGUUUGAACUUUUUAAGGAAGCCUUCUGUUAAUAUAGUUAACAUAUUUAACCUCAUAGAGAACACAACCACCUCCUCUCAGUAGUGUGACUAGAAAUAUAUGAAUAUCAUACAGAAUAGUGAUUGCUGACAUUUUAUCUGUGUAGAUGAGGGUUAUUUUUGUGUACUAGGACUUUACAUUCCACAGUUAUAGCCAUAAUUUCUCCUCUUAUACUGUCAGUCAAUAUCAAGCAGUAGUCCAUCCUAAGUCAAUGCUUCAACAUAAUAUGCAUUAAUGUAUGAAUGUAUAGUUCAAGCCCGCAAGCAAGCUUUUUGCAUCUCUGUGCUGACAUCUGAGUACUUUGUACUUUACUGCAGCCAAACUGGGUAGACAGCUGCACAUAUACACACCAAAUGUUUUAUCCCCGCUGUAAUCCAUAUACAACCAAUAUGCAUACAAGUAUGCUGAACAUGGGUGCUGAUGUACAUAGUGUAUAAUAAGGUUGACUCGUUUAGAAAAGCAGUGACACACUGCCGCUCUGAAUGGAAGCACAAGAAAACUCUUCCUGCCUCUCUCAGCUUAAAACUGCUCAUUUUGAAGAUUUUAAUUAGCACGAGGUGAUUCAGUUGGAGCUCCUCUGGAUUUUCAAAGUUGUUGUUGUUGUUGUUGGCUUCAUGCCUGAUUAUUUGGACUGCAAGGAAUAUGGUAUAUAUUUCAUAUAUGCCCAUGAAGGGGAUUUUCAAGUUUCAACAUGCAAACUUAUGAUGCAGACGCCUUAUUAAAUACAAGAGUUCCCUCAAUAAUGCAUAAAUUCUAUACAUAAAGUUUUACAAAUCAAAAUUUGGCUUCUACUGUAUGUAUGCACUUACAUGUAUAAAUAAACUGCAUAAAAUUAGAAUUUAAGGCUGUUUAAGCCAAAUAUGCUUUAUCUCUGAAUGGUACAAUUUGGAGGAUUUCAUCCUGACUGACCAGAUCCAUGUAAUAAGCAAUAAAUAUCUAAAAGAAAUAACAUUAUAAAGUUGAUUUCCAGAUUGUAUUUCAGUGUGAAACGACAAACAUCACAACAAGUACCGAAAAUGGUCUCCCUUUUUAAAAAUCCAAUUCUGCAGCUUUUAUGUGCAUCACUCUCUCCAUUUAGCCUCUCUGGACCUCAGAGGGUCUUAUAUCAGGACUUAUAUCAGGAUUAUACACCUCCUUUAUUUCACCAAUAACUAUAAAGAACUGCGUAAUAGCACAGGUGCCAGAGGAGAUGAUCCACAGUACACUGCCAGUCAACCUACAGUAGCAUUAAAGGAAUAUGUUGACAUUUUGAAUUGAAGUCUAUCACACAGACUUCUUUAGUGAAAGUCUCUGCCGCUGAAAUCAGGUUUAUUAAACCAAAAAUCUUAAUAUCAUUCCUCACUGAAGAAGAUAAGUGACAUAAAAGAAAUGCAAAUUAUACCAAAAUCAUAAUUUGACAACAUGAACUUGAUUUAAAUGUCAGUGUAUCCCUUUAGUCAUACUUGAACUACUCCUUAUUCCCGAAACACUGUACAACAAUCUUAAAAAAAAAAAAAAAA